AUGGUUCUGUACUUUCACAAGGAUCUCUCAGCCCUCCAGAGCAAGUGCGCCUUGAGGACUAGAAUGAUCCGGAGGAGCAGGGACGUCUUGGCCCCCCAGCCCAGGCUGCAGCGACACCGUAAGCCCCGAGACCAGGGCGGCGAGCAGAGGCGGGAGGAAGCCGGAGAGGCCAGGACGCCCCCUCGCGGAGCCCUCGGCGCCCAGGCCCCCCCUCCCGUCUUCACCUGCUGCGGAGCGACGCGGACCCCCGGGCGCCUGGGUCCCCAGCAUGAUCCUCGCUGCCGCUCUCCUGGGGGCUGGCAAGGGAGGGGGCAGAGGGCAGAACCAAGGGAAGGGGACGCUGUCAGGCCCAGGCCCCUGGGGGGCCAGGGCCAGGCCACUGCCUGGGGGCAGCGGGCACCAGAAACUGAAGGCAGCCUGAGCCGGGCGGGGCCCCUCCCUCCCCCCAGCAGGCAGCCCCCUCUGGACCUCAAGCAGAUCCUGCCCUUCCCACUGGAGCCGGCUCCGACCCUGGGCCUCUUCAGCAACUACAGCACCAUGGACCCCGUGCAGAAGGCUGUGCUCUCUCACACUUUUGGGGGACCUUUGCUCAAGACCAAGCGGCCCGUCAUUUCCUGUAAUGUCUGUCAGAUCCGCUUCAAUUCUCAGAGCCAGGCUGAGGCACACUACAAGGGCAAUCGCCACGCCCGACGAGUCAAAGGCAUCGAGGCCGCCAAGACCCGAGGCAGGGAGCCUGGCGUCCGGGAGCCUGGGGACUCGGCACCUCCAGGCAGCAGCCCCCAAAAUGGGGAUGGUGUCACCCCCCGUCCAGUUUCCAUGGAGAAUGGACUAGGUCCAGCCCCGGGAUCCCCAGAGAAACAGCCUGGCUCCCCAUCCCCUCCCAGCAUUCCGGAGACUGGUCGGGGUGCAACCAAGGGUGAAGGGGGGACUCCAGCCCCAGCUUCCGUGCCUGGGGGUAGCAAGGAAGAAGAGGAGAAAGCCAAGCGCCUGCUGUACUGCGCUCUGUGCAAGGUGGCUGUGAACUCGCUGUCCCAGCUUGAGGCACAUAACAAAGGUACUAAGCACAAGACUAUUCUGGAGGCCCGAAGUGGGCUGGGGCCCAUCAAAGCUUACCCUAGGCUUGGGCCUCCCACCCCUGGGGAACCAGAGGCUCCAGCCCAGGACCGAACCUUCCACUGUGAGAUCUGCAACGUCAAGGUCAACUCGGAGGUACAGCUGAAACAGCACAUCUCCAGCCGGCGGCACCGAGACGGCGUGGCAGGGAAACACAACCCACUCCUGAGCCGUCACAAGAAACCUAGGGGCGCCGGGGAGCUGGCGGGCACGCUGACUUUCUCCAAGGAGCUGCCCAAGUCCCUGGCGGGCGGCCUGCUCCCCAGCCCCCUGGCGGUGGCUGCGGUGAUGGCAGCGGCAGCAGGCUCCCCGCUGUCCCUGCGCCCGGCUCCGGCCGCACCCCUUCUC